AUGGAUGCACGAUAUGCAAGACAAAGAUUUUCAGCGCCACAAAAAAGAGCGACUGAUAUCACUCCAGAUGACAUCGCUAGGAUUGCUAAACUUGCUCAGAGUCAGGACCCAAUAGCUUUACUGGGAGAAUUAUCACCAUUAUGUCAAUCAGCAUUACUUGGUAUUGUUGCCUCUCAAGAAUUUCUAGAUUGCAUACCACUUCCUGCAUUUUUACCACUUUUACCAAUUUUAGCCAAUCCUAGUGAAAUUGCAUCACUUAUUUCCGAUCCAAAGACUGAACUUCCAAAACUUCAACCUGCCUUGAUAGUACUCUCUGAUACAUUAUGUGAAUUACCAAAAUGUUCUGAUCAAGUUGUUGCAGAUGCUAUUAAGACAAUUCAAACCGGAUGUAAUCCAAAUGAUAUGAAAAACCCAGUAUUGCAAAUCCUAUCUCCUGCUAUCGUUUUCUAUUCUCCUGCGAGGGACACAAUGUGUUUUAAAGACGCUGGAAACCCAAGCCACUUUUGCUUAGUUGAAGAUGACAUCAACACUUCAAUCAGCUUACCUAAAUCUCCGUUCAAAAUUGCUGGCAGUGACUUUAUUGAUUCUAUUGUAUUUGCUGAUCCAACAGCCAUCUGCACUACAUGUAACAAGGCAAUUUUUAACAAUUUUGACAAUUUUAUCAAUACCAACGAUUUGGCUAAACAAAUUGUUGCUGGGGCUCAGGCUGCUUUGCACGAUUUUAGAGUUUGGUUUGCUGUUAAAUGUGGUGCCGGAUUUGAAGAUGGUAAGGUACCUGAUCCAUCAAAACCACCACCAAAAAAAUAA